UUUUUUUGAAUAUAUAAGUUGACUCUUUUUUAAAUUUACUUGAUAGAAAAUUGUAAUUAUAGGUAUUUAUUAUUGUUUUGUUAGCCUGGAUCAUCAUGGAGAAAGAUGCAAAUUUUGAUGCAAAAUUGCAAAUCAUUAACAGAACAAGAAUAUAUAAUGUUUCUAAAAAGUUCAUGUGUUCAUCUGUGCCUUACUUCGAGAAAAUGUUUUCUUGUGAUUUGCUGGAAUCAAAGGAAAACAAAGUGGUGCUUGAUUUUGAUGAACGUGUAUUAGACUCUAUCCUCGACUGGGUUCAUUCUGAAUCUUUCUGCAUGCAAAUGGAUUAUGUGAUUAGUUUCUACGAAGCAGCCGAUUACUUGAUGAUAAAUGAACGUCUAUUUCAACCUUGUCUCUCUUAUUUCCAUGAUAAUUUUACCAUUGAGCAUCUUUCAGUUAUUUUGCCUCAAGUCACCAAAUUGUCCAAGUUGAUCAAUUCAGGAGCCAUUGAAAGAUGUAUUUGUCGUCAUUUCCUGACGAUCACUCAUACGAAUAUUUUCCUGAAUUACCCACUCGAAACAGUAGAAGCUAUUCUCAAAUUGGAUUUGAUGAUUCACUCUGAAUAUCAAAUUUUUGAAUCAAUAAUAAAAUGGGUGAAUAAGAAUGUUGAUUCUCGAAAAGCUUCACUUCCACAGUUAUUAAAAUGUGUUCGUUGGUCUUACAUGGAUUUUGGUGAUAUCUCAAAGAUCAAGGAUAAUGACCUAAUAAAGGCGCUACCAAAUUUAGAUUUAGUAAAAUCUUCCUAUGUUGGAUUCAAUCGCUCCAAACAAAACUUCUUCAUAUCAUUUCAUCAAAGAGAUGCAUCAAUUCUGAGAUUGAAAGUGUUUGAUAAUGACUUUUUUUGCUUCAUGAUUGGUGAUUUCAGUCAAGAUGAUUCAAUAUCACUUGAAUUUGUUCACGGAGAACACAUUUCAGAUAUUUUAUUUGAUUGUGGAACAAAAGGAGUUCGAAUUGAUUGGGUUAAAAAGGCAUAUCGAUGGCUCGACUUCAAAGUCGUAUGUAAAACUUACUACAUUCAAUUAUGGAAAUUCAUUGUAGAGGUUUGCGUCGACGAAAAUCGCUGUUAUUUGGAAGACAAAGACUCAAAACUUCAUUUUAAGGACAGUCCUGAAGAGUACUUACUCCUUGAAUCUGAUGGUAAAUUCAUUGCAAUUGGUAAAAACGAGAAGAAGUGGUUUGGUAUUUUUACUGCUAAACAUGGAUGGUGGUUCAAUAAUUAUAAAAAUUAUGGGCACUCUUUUCAAGCUACUGUUUCGGACGAUGUUGUUUAUAUAUUGACAAAGGAUCUCGAAUUCAUCCGUUUCAAUAUUGAAAGCAGAUCCUUCGAUAAGAGUGAGCCGUUCAAAGGAAAAGGAUGGAUUUACAAUGAUUUAAUCUUAACUUCGCAUCAAACAAAGGAUGAUAAAGUUAUUUUGGUCAACAAAUCAUCAGGAAAAGUGUAUUACUUCUGCAUUAAUAAAAUGCAAUGGAUUGAAAAAUGUUGUAUUAUGAAUGUGAACUUUUUAUCCGACAGUUCCUGUGCUCCUGUUAAUCAGUUAGUUGCCUUUACUUCAAACUUUUUACCGAUGAAAGUUAUUGAACCUUUGUACGAUCAAAAAGCUACGUAAAUUAUAUGAUUACAAAUGUUUUCAUGUUUCGUGCUCAUUACCAUUGAGCGUCAAGCAAUGUAUUUUUAAUUUGUCUAAUCUUAUUCUGUUAUUCUAAUAUUUAAUACAAUUUCUUUAAUACUGUAAUGUACCCAUGAAUUCUGGCCUUAAACCUGGAAGUUGAAUUAUUAAACUGACA